UUGUAAGAGUGGUGAGAAGUCACUGGGUUACAACAGUAAGAAGAAGUUAGACACUGCAUCUGGCACUCUGGUCCUAGUGCUAGUACAGUGUAACAGUUAGCUGAGUCCUGAGUCCAGCUACACCAGGUAGUGUGACCAUGGGCGUGUUAACUGUGAUCAUACUGCCCGUCCUGCUGAUUGUGGUGGCUGCAGAAAAUGAGCUCCAGGUCUCAGAAGCUGACCAGGGGGCAGUCAUAACCGUUCCUGUGGACUGGACACUGACACAGUACCUUUAUGAAGGAUGCAGGUACCAUGUGGAGUUUGAACGGAGGGACCUGAGCACAGAGAAGUGUCAAGAACAGACAAUUGAAGAGUCAUCCCUGUCUCACAUCCACGACACCAUCAAGGCACUGCUGGAGGAAAACAAGCCCGAGAACAAAGAGAUUACAUCUGAGAUGGACCCCGAGCAGCUGUAUGAGGUACUGCAGCAGCAGCAGGACAGGAUCCAGGAGCAGGAGAACAUCAUCACCACCCUGCAGGAACGCAUCAACAGUGACAUGCCCCAGGACCCAGCUUCUCUUGACCUGCCACCAGCACGACGUUGCCCAGACAACUACACAGAGACAUUCAACGGCAAGUGCUACAGGUUCUCCACAGUCAGGGAAACCUUCAACUCAGCACAAGAAAUCUGUGGAUAUGACGGAGGACGACUGGCAACCAUCGAAGAAUCGGAAACCAACGACUUUAUUCUGCAGAAAAUCAGGGACGAGUUAGCAUUGGACUCCGUCUGGAUUGGCCUCAAUGACAGGCAGGAAGAAGGAAACUAUGUUUGGAGUGAUGGAAUGGAAGCUUCCACAGGCUACACAGACUGGUUCCCACACCAGCCUGAUAACUACCGUGGUCCUGGUGAGGACUGUGUGGAGAUCAGUCCCUCUGGGUGGAACGAUCGCAACUGUGCAGAAAAGUUACGCUUUGUAUGUGAAAGAGAGACCAUACAGACUAGAAGCUGGGGAAUGACCAUACAUAAUUGUCCCAAUAACUAUAUGAAAUUCAACAAAAAGUGCUACAAGCUGUCUACAGAACAUAAAAACUUCAGAGAGGCUCAGAACAUUUGUGAAAAGGAAGAAGGACAUCUGGCAACCAUCCCUGGCAAAUUCACCAAUGGUUAUAUCCUGGGCAAAAUCAGUUUUGUUGGAGGUGGAGAGCGCCACUGGAUUGGUCUGAAUGACAUGGAAAAUGAGGGAAGAUUUGUGUGGAGUGAUGGCAGCACACAAUCUUACAAUGAAUGGAAGCCUGGAGAACCUAACAAUGUCCUUGAACCUCAUGGAGAGGACUGUGUGCAUAUUGCCCGGCGCAUGGGAUACAAGUGGAAUGAUAUGAGAUGUGACGUCAAAGCACACUUUGUGUGUGAGAAAGAAGAAAUGGUGAACCUUGAGGACACAGUCACACAGUUGGAACAAGCGCUUCAGGAAAAGGACAACACCAUUCAGCAGUUGUCCCAAGAAGGGCAAUACAAAGAGCAAGAGCUGCGAAACCUGACUGAAGUCAACCAACAGCUGCUGCAGCAACUGGAACUGAAGGAAGAAGAGAUCCAAGAGAAAAGUAGCAUCAUAGACCAAUGUAGCAGUCAGGUACAAGAAAUGGAAGCAUUGCAAGCGUCACUGCAGACCCAGCUGCAUGAGCUGGCUGAGACACGCCAACAUCGUUUUGGAGGAACUGCGUGAGAUGGCUGCCACUCAUGAAGGUCUUUUGGAGGAACUGCAUCACAAGGCUGAGCUCAUCAAUCAACAAAACCAACAACUACUAGAGCUGCAGCCAGUGGUACAACAGCUGGAGCAGAAGGAACGUGAGCUGGAGGACAUGCUGAUUGAACUGGAGAGAGCCCAGGCCUAUCUCCACACCAACGAACAACUCUCACAGCAACUGCAACAACAGGAAGAAGACUUGCUAAACAAGACUGACAUCAUUCGAGAACUUGCAUGGCACCUUGUUGAACUUCUGCAUGAUACCCAGGCCAUAGACCUUCAGGCUGAACGUCAGUGGGAGGAGCAGACACUUGAUAUCGGCCUUCAAGACCAGCCCACGACAACUGAUCAAAGCACCCCCCAACUAAUCCAAGGGACCUGUGGAGGGAGGUACGACACUGCCCCGGGAACAAUCCAAAGUCCAGG